GCCUCAACAUGUACCGGCAGAAGGAGCGGAGGAACAAACAUGGCAAAGUGAUCAAACCUCUGCAGUAUCAGUCAACUGUGGCACCAGGCACCGUUGCAAGAGUGGAACCAAAUAUCAAAUGGUUUGGAAAUACUCGUGUGAUCAAGCAAUCAUCCCUACAGAAAUUCCAGGAGGAGAUGGAGACUGUGAUGAAGGAUCCUUACAGGGUGAUCAUGAAGCAGAAGAAGCUGCCCAUGUCCCUGUUCUAUGACCGGAUCAAACCACAUACCUCCAGAGUUCACAUUCUUGACACAGAAACAUUUGAAACAACGUUUGGCCCCAAAUCACAAAGGAAAAGACCAACUCUGUCUGCAAGUGAUGUGCAAACUCUGGUGGAGAAUGCUGAGGCCUCGACAGAGUCUUAUGACCAGGGCAAGGACCGAGAUCUGGUGACAGAGGACACUGGUGUAAGGGAUGAAGCACAAGAGGAAAUCUUUAAGAAAGGACAGUCCAAAAGAAUCUGGGGUGAGCUCUACAAGGUGAUUGACUCAUCAGAUGUUGUUGUUCAAGUUCUUGAUGCCCGGGAUCCCAUAGGCACUCGCUCCCCUCAUGUGGAAUCCUACCUUAAAAAGGAGAAGCACUGGAAACAUCUCAUUUUUGUCCUGAACAAAUGUGAUCUCAUUCCUACCUGGGCCACUAAGCGCUGGGUUGCUGUCCUUUCCCAGGAGUAUCCAACACUCGCUUUCCAUGCCAGCCUCACCAACCCGUUCGGCAAAGGUGCUUUCAUACAGCUCCUCAGACAGUUUGGAAAGUUACACUCUGACAAGAAGCAGAUCAGUGUGGGAUUCAUUGGUUACCCCAAUGUUGGCAAGAGCUCAGUGAUCAAUACCCUACGGUCCAAGAAGGUCUGCAGUGUGGCCCCCAUUGCAGGGGAAACAAAGGUGUGGCAAUACAUCACCUUGAUGCGGCGGAUUUUUCUUAUCGACUGCCCUGGGGUGGUUUAUCCAUCAGGAGACUCAGAGACAGACAUUGUGCUGAAGGGAGUGGUUCAAGUUGAAAAGAUUAAGAGCCCCGAAGACCAUAUCGGUGCUGUGCUGGAAAGAGCCAAAGCAGAGUACAUCAGAAAGACAUACAAAAUUGACUCCUGGACAGAUACAGAAGACUUCCUUGAGAAACUUGCUGCUAGGACUGGAAAACUGCUAAAGGGUGGUGAGCCUGACUUGCAGACUGUGAGCAAGAUGGUUCUCAAUGACUGGCAGAGGGGCAGAAUCCCUUUCUUUGUGAAGCCACCGAAUGCAGAACCAGGUCAGCCAGGGCCCCAGCCUCCUGUGUUGGAAGUGUCUGUGACAUCCAGCCAAGAUAAUACUGAGGAGAAAGUCUCUGAGUUGGUAGCAUCAGGUGUGGAGCCAGCAGAAGAGGAGGGGAACAACACAAACACUGAAAUCAGGCAGCUCAUGUCCCACGUUCGGCAGAACUUCGGCAGGAUUAACGUGGCACCUCAGUUCUCAGAAGAAGACCUGGUUCCUGUGGAUGUGCCAGGUUUUGAUGACACAGACAAUGAUUCCUCUGGAGAGGAGGAGCAGGAGGAGGAGGAGGAGAAAGAGAAUGACCAACAUCAGGAUCUGGGAGAGGAGGAGUUGCAGGCUGCACCAGGUGCUCAGGAGAGCUCUAAAGCAGUUCUUAAAGCUUUGGAGGACAAGAUUGCAAAAUAUAAAAAAUUUUUGGAUAAAGCCAAGGCCAAGAGAUUCUCAGCAAUAAGAAUCCCCAAGGGACUGAGUGACAAAGUGUUUGCAAAAUCUGUGCAGAAGGCUGAAGAACCCAAAGAAAAUGAAGACAGAGGCAGCACAGAGAAGAAAAGAAAGAGGAGAGAAGAAGAGAAAGAUGAUGAUGAUGAUGACCAGUUGGGUAAACAGCCUUGUAAGAAACUCACAUCCAAAGAAAGGAGACGAGCCGAGAGGCAGCAGCGCUCCAAGAAAGUUGGAGUCCGGUAUUAUGAAACUCACAACGUGAAAAAUAAGAAUAAGAACAAGAAAAAAACUGGCUUGGAGGGACAAAGAUCAAAGCACAAAAAAUACAAACAUAAGCAAUAGCUGCUUAUUCUAUUAAAUUUUACAUAAAACAGC